GCAAUUUUUUCAACUGAACAAACAAACAAGGAAAACCAAAGAUUUUGAAAUGAGGGGUCUAACUUGUAACUCAUGUAACAAGGUGUUUUAUGAUGAAAAUGAUCAAAAAAUUCAUUACAAAUCUGAAUGGCACCGUUACAAUCUUAAACGCAAGGUUGCUGGAGUUCCUGGCUUGACAGAGGAACUCUUUGUAGCCAGACAGUCUGCAUUUGCAGAAGAAAAUGAAAAAAUAACCGCGACUCCGUUGCUAUAUAGCUGUGCUCAUUGUGGUAAAGAAUACACAAGUUAUAAGGCUCAUGCUCAACAUCUUAAGUCUAAAUUUCACUUAGCAAGGACUUCACAAGAGGGAGAUUAUUGCGAUGAGGAUAGCGUUAUCAUCAAGCCUGUUCCACGUCAAACUUGGUGCAAGAAUGAAGAUAUUUGUGGUAGCGAGUGGGAUGAGGUCAAUCAAGAGGUAGAAAUGGCGUAUGAAGCCAAUGAUUCGUUGAUGCAAUGUAGUACUCGUAAUGGUGCUGUGGAUGAAGGUAGCGAUAUUGAUGAUUGCAUUGGUGAGCUGGAUCCGCGCUGUUGUUUCAUGUGUGAUUUGAAGCACGAUACAAUAGAAAGCUGCAUGGUCCAUAUGCACAAGAAGCACGGAUUCUUCAUUCCUGAUGCCGAGUAUCUGAAUGAUCCUAAAGGCUUCCUCACUUAUCUUGGUCGUAAGGUUAAAAGGGCUCAUGUGUGUCUGUAUUGCAACGAUAGCUGUCGUCCUUUUAGUAGUUUGGAAGCAGUUCGAAAGCAUAUGGAAGCUAAAAGUCAUUGCAAAGUGCAUUAUGGUGAUGGUGGUGAUGAUGAGGAAGCGGAAUUAGAAGAGUUUUACGACUACAGCAGCAGCUAUGUGGAUGCAACUGGAAAUCAGCUUGUUUCGUCUGAUGAUUUUAACAACAAUGUGGAACUUGGAAGUGGUGGAUCUGAGCUCAUUAUAACAACAAGAACCAAUGAUGGAGUGUCUGUCAAAGCACUCGGAUCAAGAGAGUUUUUGAGAUAUUAUCGCCAGAAACCAAAGCCUACGCGCACUAAUGAUAUAACUAUACGCGGUUCCUUAGCCUCAAGGUAUCAGAGCAGGGUCCAGCAACCAUGCAUUCGAGGGAGCACAUUGUUAAAAUGAAGGUGUAGAGGACCAUAAGUAGAUAUAGCGUAGUAGUCCCUAAAAACAUACCAUAAUAGUCCCUUCCAUAUGGAUUAUCUUGCAUUAUUUCUUACAAGUGCUAUAAUAUAUUUUACUAGUAUGUCUAGUUCUUGGAUACACACAUAGCCAUAUCAUUUUUCAUUCUAAGAUGGUUGAUUACUAAGGCUCCUUUCAUUAGGUGAAUUGAUUGAUUAGAUGCAAGGUCAAAUUUUACAGAAAGUGAAGUUGAUGAAAGAGUUAGGAAUUGGGAAUUUUUUUUUUUUUGUUUUGGUGGAGAAGUGAAGAUAUUUUCUUGAACUUUCAGUAUCAUGUGUGCUUUUACUAGGGUAUUUUACUCUUCCCAUCGAAUUUUGUCACUGAAUGUGCACUUAUAUAAUUUACAGCAGAAAUAAUUUAUUGUAAAGUGCCUUAUUUGAACACAAGAACCAUUCUGUUUGCAAUCAAUUUAAAAAGGGAUAGUAUGAUGUAUUAAAAUGUAUGUGUCGGGUGCAGGGAAGGUUGGAUCUAAUGUGUCCAGUUUUACCGUGCAUUUUUGCAACAGACUGUUUCCAUGGCUUGAAUUCAUAAUUUCCUAGUCACACGGCAGCAACUUACCAGGUGAGAGUUCAGAUAGCCAAUCAACAGUGCAACAGUUUCAAGACUCCACUUCUUGUUUGCGACCUGUUUUUCAAUGUCAUAAAUGUGUAACUGCGCUAAUGUUGAGCCGAGGGUCUUUUAAAAAUAGUCUUUCUACCUCCCUAAAGUAGUGAUAAGGUCUACGUACAUUUAACCUUCCCCAGAUCUCACUUGUGCGAUUUUGUAUAGUAAGUGCAACAGUUUGAAACUCUAUUAAAAAAAAAAAAAAGAACUCCACCGGCUCAAGGGUUCCAUAAGGAUCACUAGUUUGGAUUUUAACUUGCCAUUCAUAUUUGGAUUGAUUAAAUUAUAAUCAAUCAAAAUUAGCA